AUGUUUCCUCCGGAUGUUCCGGCGAAUUGGGAUUGGAAGCGUAACCUCUCCACUUGGCCCUACUGGUCUGCCCAAGCGCGGAAUGAGCAGGAAAUUCUCAUUGCCGCCCAGCAGAAUCCAUUUGGGCAGCUAUUUCACUAUGUUCAUCCGAAAUAUUUCGAGUAUAUUCGGCACGAAUGCUUGGAACUGAACGGCAGCUACAGUCUGCUACGGAACUACCCUUUAGGCGGUCUUUACCUUACUUCCGGUAUCAUCUACGAAACCAUAUAUAUCUCGGUCCUCAUCAUCAUGCUUAAAAAAGAAUUUUUCCAGCAUGCUUGCUAUAAGAUUAUGUUUUGCAUGGGGCUGAUAGACAUCUCUAGUGUGGUGCCUAACGCUUUGCUAGCUGGUGAGGACUCUCAAAAAUUUGCCUAUAUUUUUAGGACCCUCUUCUCCGGCUACCGCGUCUACAUCUGGAUCCUCUGCGGCCCGAUAGCGUUCAUUUUGUACGUGAUGCUGACCAACGUCCCCUGCGUGUUCAACCCCGUCCUGGCCGGCUACUUCUUCGAGAUCAACAUCUUCAAGCCGAUGAUGCCAAACACCGUCCAUCUCUUCAACAACCUUGGUGUGACCACUUGCUCGAUCAUCCUAAAUUUGAUGAUGGUUACCUUCCUCUUCAAAAUGACCCGAAAGGCUGCUGGAGAUACGGCCGUGACCCGGAUGCAGCGUGUUGUGGUAAUUCAAUGUCUCCUGAUCUGCUCGAUGAUGAUGACAGCGUCGGCCAUCUACUGCUUGAUGCAAUUUAUCCCGGUUCCCCCAUCUUUUGUCAUUGGCUCGACAAUCAUGUGGCAAUUUUCGAAUGGCGCGCCCGGCAUCAUCUAUCUAGUAGUCAACAAGUCGAUGCGCAGGGCCUAUUUCUCGACGUUUUUUGGGUUCAAGAACGAACAGAAAGUCAACGUCAGCACGACCAGCAACAACUCCGCCAAGAAUCUGGUGGCCGCAAUUACGCCUAUGGCCCAAGAAAAUCAGGCUCAACCGGAAGCUGUCGAGGAGCAGAUUAAGCCUGUUAUUGAGGACGAU